UCUUACAAGAUCAGCAAAAUGGGUUGUUUUUAGCGGGGCACCAUCCUCGGAGACCCAGGGGCAGUUAGUGGGGCGGGGAAAAGUCUAAACGGGCGAGAAAAAAAAUCCGAAUUUUUUCUCUCGCCCGUUUAGACUUUUCCCCGCCCCACUAACUGCCCCUGGGGCUCCGAGGAUGGCGGGGCACCCGUCCAAGUACUAACCCCGCUGAACUGGGCUUAACUUUGGUGACUGGGCGAGACACGGUUCAUUCGUUGUGGUUACCGUCUCAGACAAGUUGUUUUCAGGGUGUCACAUCGCCUUAUGUAUUCUGAUACCACUGCGUUUUACACUAUUUCUUAAUAAUACCAAUGUAGUUUCACUUUUCUCCUCUCUAACUCGAUGUAUACAUGACAUUGGCCAAUAAAGUGGAUAGUCUAAGUAUAUUAUUGCAAAAUAAAGCUGCCAAAAUCGUCCUCGAAGAGCCUAAACAUUUGUCUGCUACCGAGGCGCUUGAGCAGCUUGGCUGGGACAACAUGACGAGAAGUACAACGUGUCAUCGCUUGAUAUUGAUAUUUAAAGCUUUGAACGGCUUCGUUGACCGGGUUUUUAAUUUUAGCACUUUAAAGACAUUCAUAAUUACAACACGAGCAGUAACAAGAUUUUUAAGCCUAAACAACAUCGCUCCUGGGGCCAGAACCGUUUUGUCUACGAUGCCAUUAAUGAUUGGAACUUUUUUCCAGAUGGAAUUAGGAACAGUUCCAACAUUUUUACUUUCAAAGGACACCUUAAGAGUAUUUAUUAAUAGUUUUAUUUUAUAAUUUAUACAUUCGUAUCUUUAACUUUGUGAAAGUAGAAUAGCUUUGUUUUUAGACUUUAACUUGUAGCUUAUUUCGUAUGGAGGGCCCCUCUGAAAACCACAUAUGUGACCUGGGCUAUCGGUUUAAAUAUCGUUAUUAUUAUUAUUUUUUAACGACACUCAUGCACGCAAUGAGCUUGGGAUACCUACAUCUGUUCUAUCUGUUUAUAAGGAAUAAUUAAAAUAGGAUCAACAUGAGAAACCUACACAUCGCAAGAGGCCACUCCCUUUAUUAAAGAAAUCACAUCAUGAUCACCAAAAAGCAAAAGUACACUAUUCCGUUUUAAGCUCGGAUUGUUACACCUCUCGUGACAACCAGUUGGUUUUCUUGCUGUAGAGCUAAAAGUAUUUCAUACAAACAUUUUCUUAAAAAUAUUAUUCUAGCAACAAUCUAAAUUGGGGUUCAAUGCCUAAAUAUAUUCCACUGCAGGACUUUCCACAAUGGUGUACACAACAGACCAAUUGAACUUUUUUCGAAUUUGUUACAUCGCCUUUAACUUGGUUCCUCAAGCACUACGACAAGUCUUCAAGCAAGAAUGGGAUUUCUUUUACAAAACAACGCUUGGAGAAUGGAAGAUACGCCAAAGAAUGGCUUAGACUUUAAUAAUAACGAGUCUCGAAGAAGCCGCUCAAAGAAUGCGCGAUAUCUGGCGACAACACAGAAUGGUAAAACGGCAGAGUGGGACUGUAGCUGUUUGUUUUUCGCGAUUCUGUUCUCAGAUAGCAUUGGCACAACUCUGAGUGCAGCCACCAGGAAAGAAGUCGAUAAUCUUCGUCAAGUCCGAAAUGAUAUUGCUCAUAUCAGUAAGGCGAAGCUUACAGAUGCUGAGUUCUUGAAUUAUGUUGGAAGAGUGUUGUCGGCGUUCAACUCUUUGAGUCUUCCGGUCAAUGAUAUAGACGAGAUUAAAAAUCAGACUAGCUUUCCCACGACAGUAGUAAACGACUUAAUGGCACAGGUUUCCAAUCUCCAAACAGAACUGAAUAAAGUCAAAUCUGAUUUGCAAGUUGCACAAGACACGAUACAAAGAAAGGAAGAGCAGGUUGAAUGUCUUUCGCAAGAAAUUAAUUCCAAAGUCAAGUCUUUCUGUAAUCUCAGUUUCAAACCAUCUCACGAAAUUAUCAAACGGUUAAAUGACGUCAGAAGGAUUAUGACAACAAUGCAAGAGCUUGGCGAUAGAAGUAACGGAGCGGUCAGUACCAUUUAUUUCUCCGGUAAUCCUGGAUGUGGUAAAACUCAAAUUGCUCGUCAAAUUGGGCAAGAGUUCUUUACAAGCGCAUCAGAUGAAAGUGAAGGCUUAACAUUCGUUGCAACCCUGAAUGCGGAAACCCUUGAAACGCUCGCUGACUCGUACAUCAGUCUGGCUAAACAAUUGGGAAUCACCGAAUACAGCUUGACUAACCUGGCUACCACGAAAGAAAACAGCCCCAAGGACACAAUGCAGCAUCUCAAGUGCUUAAUUUUGCCAAAGAUUCAACAGUUCUCAAAGUGGUUGAUAAUAGCAGACAAUGUCGUAGACCUGUCUUUGGUUUGUGGUUACCUACCUCAGACCGCUUGUGAAGAGUGGGGUCACGGUCAGGUACUGAUUACAACUCAAGACAGCAGUGCAAUUCCCACAAAUGCUCCUCAUACCUACCAUGAGUCACUCAGUGCAGGAAUGCAGCCCGAGGACGCAGUAGAGCUAUUGAAGCAAGUAUCGCAAAUUUCUGGCAAUGAUGAGCAAGUUCAAAGGGUUGCUGAGGUUCUCGAGUAUCAGCCACUUGCCUUGGCAGCCGCUGCGUUUUACGUACAAACUGUUACGAGUUGUGGUUCGCCAACCUACGGUUGGACAAAUUACAUGGGAGCACUUGUUAGUGGUAAGCGUGAGGCAACAGAAGAACCUCUUGCCAAAGGGAAUCCAGCGUAUUCCAAAACGAUGACUACAGCAAUUAAAAUGGCAAUAGAUAGCACUUUGGAAGGCGAGGAAGUUCUUCGCCAGACAUUUCUCUUUUUCUCGCUAUGUGGCUCCGAAUCUCUCCCAGUUGAAGCAGCCGUUAACUUUGUCAAAGUUCGCACUUCGGGACAGACUGAAGAAUUAAUCAGGGCAAAGAUCCUAAAAUCCUCCUUGAUUACGUGUUUGUACAGUGAAGAUGGAGCACCCGACUAUGUAAGAGUGCAUAACGUUGUCUAUGAAAUACUAAGGAAAAUGUCAUCGUUGGAUUUUGAGUUGACAGAGAAACUUGAGGGCAUAGCCGUAGCGAUUCAGGUUUUCCAUUCUCUUAUUGAGGGGAAGCAUAAUCGCUUGGGUGAAAGUGGGCACGUUUGUGUCAUGCUACGUAGCAUUACCACCCAUUGCAAAGCAUUACAUGAAAUUCUUACUAAUAGUUUUACUACAAAAGAUGUUUUGGUGAAGGAGUUAACACCCUUUAUCGCUCCUGAAAAGGUCAUUACGUGGCUUUGUUUAACUGCUUCUCUGUGUUGUAACCUUAGCAAUCCAUCAAAUGCAAUUCUCUUUUCCACAUCGGCCUGUGAUUUUGUUCAAUACAGUAGUAACACUCGAGAGGGCGACUUAAUAAAAGCAGAUGUCUUGGCUACACACGGGAUAACAUUAUCAAUGACAUGCCAGUAUAAAUCAUCAAUAUCAUACCAUGAAGAGGCUAGAAAGAUUUAUAAAGCAAUUUACGGUGAAUAUCAUUACAAGGUAGCACAAAUUUGCUGCAACUUGGGAACUGUUCAUGAAGAUCUUGGACAGUACCAUGAAGCCAAAGAAUACUACGAGAAGGCAUUUAUCAUCAGGAAAAAGAUUUUCGGCGAGGAACACGCUUCAGUAGCAGCAGUCUAUAACAACUUGGGAAAUGUUCAUGGAGAACUUGGACAGUGCCAUGAAGCAAAAGAAUACUACGAGAAGGCACUGAUCAUUAACAAAACGGUUUUCGGCGAAGAACAUGCCGUUGUAGCAACAAGCUAUAACAACUUGGGAACUGUUCAUGGAGAUCGUGGACAGUACCAUGAAGCAAAAGAAUACUACGAGAAGGCACUAACCAUCAGGAAGAAGAUUUUUGUCGAGGAACAUGUUGAUAUAGCAGCAAGCUAUAUCAACUUGGGAAGCGUUUAUCGACAUCUUGGACAGUACCACGAAGCAAAAGAAUACGACGAGAGGGCACUGAUCAUCUGGAAAAAGAUUUUUGGCGAGGAACAUGCUAAUGUAGCAGCAAGCUAUAACAACUUGGGAAAUAUUCACGGAGAUCUUGGACAGUACUAUGAAGCAAAAGAAUACUACCAAAAGGCUCUGGUCAUUAGGAAAAAGAUUUUCGAUGAGAAACAUGCUGCUGUAGCUGCAAGCUUUAACAACUUGGGAAAUGUUCAUGGAGAUCUUGGACAGUACAAUGAAGCAAAAGAAUACUACGAGAAGGCACUGAUCAUCAGAAAAAGUAUUUUUGGUGAGGAACAUGCCGCUGUAGCAGCAAGCUAUAACAACUUAGGUAUUGUUUAUCGACAUCUUGGACAUUACCAUGAAGCAAAAGAAUACUAUGAGAAGGCACUGAUCAUCAGGAAAAAGAUUUUUGGCGAGGAACAUGCCGAUGUUGCAGCAAGCUAUAACAAUUUGGGAAAUGUCCAUGGAGAUCUUAGACAGUAUCAUGAAGCAAAAGAAUACUUCGAGAAGGCACUGAUCAUCAGCAAAAAGAUUUUCAGCGAAGCACAUGCCGCUAUGGCAACAAGCUAUAACAACUUGGGAACUGUUCAUGGAGAUCUUGGACAGUACCGUAAAGCAAAAGAAUACUUUGAGAAGGCCAUGAUCAUCAGGAAGAAGGUUUUCGGUGAGGAACAUGCUGCUGUAGCUGCAAGCUAUAACAAUCUAGGUAUUGUUUAUCGACAUCUUGGACAGUACAAUGAAGCAAAGGAAUACCACCAGAAGGCACUGAUGAUCAAGAAAAAGAUUUUCGGCGAGGAACAUGUCGAUGUUGCAGCAAUUGCAUGCAAGCUGUAAUGAUUCGAA